ACCAAAAACACUCAAAUUUAUGAUUCCCCUUUAUGUAUUUCUCUAAUUCUCCUCGAUUUUCAGCUAAAAAUUUAAUCUUUUUUAAGGUAUUUCAAGUUACAAUGUUCUCACUUGGUUGCUAAGAAAACUCCUAAAGGAUUCUGUUUAAUAAUAGAGAGGAAGACAAAUAAUCUGUCAUAAAGUUAUGUGCAACGGUUCGAAUAGAAAGCCCUCUCAAACUGGUUUGAUUAGGGAUCAUGAAUAUGGAAGACCAGAAGAACUACAGCACGAGGUUUCUGAUUUGCUUCUGUUUUCAGCCACAGAUGAUUUAAUUGCUUUCAGAGAGGCUGUUGAAAAAGACGAUCACGAGGUCGAUGAAGUAGGGUUGUGGUAUGGAAGGAGGGUUGGCUCAAAGGAAAUGGGAUAUGAAGAGAGGACACCUCUUAUGGUUGCUUCCUUAUUUGGAAGCAAGGCUGUAUUGUCUUAUAUUCUUGAAACUGGUCGUGUCAAUGUUAACCAAGCAUGCGGAUCGGAUAGGGCUACUGCGCUUCAUUGUGCUGUUUCUGGUUGUUCUGCUGCUUCUGCUGAAGUUAUCAAGCUUUUGCUUGUUGCAUCUGCGGAUGUUGGUUCUGUUGACGCGAACGGUAACCGGUGCAGUGACUUGAUUGUCAUGAUGUCUAAUAGUAUCUCCGGUUCAAGGAAGACAAAACUACAAGCCAUACUAGAAGGUAUCGAUGAUGUUGAUGAUGACAAUGAAUUCCAAAAGGAGAAGCAGCAAGAAGAUAUCGGUACACCUCAAAUCGAGAAGAAAAAUUAUCCGAUUGAUCUACCAUUACCUGACAUAAAUAAUGGAAUAUAUAGUACAGAUGAAUUUAGGAUGUUUAUAUUCAAAGUGAAGCCUUGUUCAAGGGCUUAUUCUCAUGAUUGGACGGAGUGUCCCUUUGUUCAUCCAGGGGAAAACGCAAGGCGCCGUGAUCCGAUGUCAUAUCAAUACACCUGUGUCCCUUGUCCUGAGUUUCGGAAGGGAUCAUGCAGUAAAGGGGAUGCUUGUGAAUAUGCACAUGGUAUUUUUGAGUGCUGGCUUCAUCCUGCUCAAUACAGAACAAGACUUUGUAAGGAUGAGACCGAAUGCAACCGAAGAGUCUGCUUUUUUGCACACAAACCCGAGGAACUUCGCCCGUUGUAUGCUUCUACUGGUUCUGCUUUACCUUCAGCUACAUCAUAUUCAAAUUCACCUAGUGCUUCUUCAACGGAUUCUUUAACAUUGAACUCACCGUCCAGUUUCAUACAAUCCAUGUCGACACUGCCUUUGACUCCAUCUGCAGCGUCUUCUCCUGCAGGUGGAACCAUGUGGCCGUCUCAGUCUCAUGUUGCAGUCCCUACGCUUCAGAUGCCGAGAAGCAAAUUCAAAACUGCAUUGAAUGCUAGAGAUAAUACUAAGUUUCUCGAACUUGAAAAUCUCCUUAUGCAGAAGCUAAUGAUUGAAGAGAUGACAACAGGUCUUUCAUUCACUUCAAAUAGGCUUGCAGGUGUAAAUCCUGCUAACCUCAAAGACAUUCUCGGUUCUCAGAUACAAUCUCCAACAUCAACUCAUGUGCAUCCGAAUGUGACUCAGCAACUUUGGGGCUUUUCUUCUGAUCUUACCGAUUCAAAUGUGAUUGGAUCACCACAGAUCACUGUGCAUCCGUCUAUAAAUUUAAAAAAUGAUGCCUUGUCGAAGCGGAGCCAGAUCUUUAUCGAGCGCAGCAGCAUGGCGAGCUUUAGUUCUGAGCUUCCUUAUGCUACCUCGGUUGCUAUGGAGCCAUAUACUAACUUCUCUGGUUGGGGCUCCCCUGAUGGAAAAUUAGACUGGUCCAUCCGUGGCGAUGAACUGAAUAAAAUGAGAAAGUCUUAUUCUUUCGGCUUUGAGAACCAAAGUAGCAAUUCAACAAUGGUUGCAGAAAAUGCUGAUGAGCAAUGGAAUGAUGGGUUAAUUCACUAGUGAAGGAUGGCCCAAGCGCAUUGCCAUAGUCCAGAAGCAAUUGUGCAUGGAGCAUGAGCAGAUAGAUGGUGGUGUGAAUCUAAUGUUAACUCUUACAUUGGAUCCUAUAUGCAUCCCUACACUAUUAUACUUUUUUUAAUUUGAUAGAUAUAUUGAGUAUGUAUAGGUCACAUUUUCUUUAAAAAAAUGCAAAAUGUCUAUAAUACAGAAGUUGGACAGAAUGCAAGUAUUUGCAUAAGUACAAAGUUGUUAAUACUACUAGGGAAUAAGUAUAUUGUUCCAUUUUUCCUCUUAA